AUGACUAAGGAAGAGAUAGAGGAGCUAAAAAUUAUGUACAGUAAAGUUUGGGAAGCCUUCCACGCUUAUACUCUUAUUGAUUUGGUAUUGAGAUGGUGGAACAAGCAGAGUCGAAUAAAUAUAACGGUUACUUCGCCAAAAGAUUCCAAGAAAGAAGACGGUUCGAUUGUAGUGUUCCUAGACUAUCGUUCAAAAGCAAUAGUUCCAUUUUCAUUAGAUAAGAGUUACAAAAAGAUACAUGAAGCAUUGUUGAAGACACAAAGGAUCUCCCAUUCGGAGCAGUAUUACUUUUUAAACAUUUGUGAGAGUUAUAAAGAAGUGAUUUUAGAUGCAAUUACCAGUCUACCAAGAACAAUCCUUUUCAAGUUGGAUAGUAUUCUGUAUGUGAUGAGUAUUUUGGAAGCGAAAUCACACGAGGUAUCUGUUCCAGGCAAUACUUACGUGAAUGGAUUAACCAGAGAACACUCGAAAAAAAUUAAUGAAUUGUGGCCGCAUAAUUUUGAGAACUCUGAUGAAUUCAUUACAGUUUACAUCGAACAGAAUGGGGGAUAUGGACUUUUCAAUAAAGACAAUGAUGAAUUGCUUGCUUGGGCAAUUCAAGGCCAUCUGGGGCAUAUCAAUCUACUACAGACAGCGGAGGAGCAUCGUGGCAAAGGUUAUGGUAAAGUAAUGCUACAGAUCAUAAGCAGACAUAUUGCAGAAAGUGGGUGUGUACCGAUCGGCUCAGUUCUCGUUGAUAAUAUACCUUCCAUACGCUUUUUCGAGAAGUUGGGGUUUAAAAAAGCUGUGAGAACUAAUUAUAUUUUCACCGAUUGUGCUAGGCAAAAUUAAAUUGAGUGAAUGAGUUACGAGUUAUGUGUUGCAAAAUUUGAAGAGGCUGUAAAUAUGUUGAACGUUCUGACAACAUAGAUUUAAUGUUGAUUAGCAUGAUACUUGGGUGAAUUGUUCAAUCCAAUAAAAAUUUAUUUGAU